GCGUUAGGUAGGCGACUGCAACCGUUAAUCUCGUAUGUGUCGCGAUUUAAGUUCGAUUAAUCAGUCGAGCUCUGAGAUGAAGAUCGGAUGGUUGUACGAGGAGUGAAAUCGCGGUUCACUUGGAUUUUUCCGGGCAUUCGGGCGUCGGGUUAGCGAUUUUAUGUGUUCAAGAUGUGAGAGAAAACUUUCGCGACUUUCUUACAGUUUUUCGAAAAGAAGUUGUACUUGUAGUAGAAGAUGAGUUGCCAGCACACAUCGCAUCACUCUCACGUGUUAACAGUGCCCCAGAGCACUUUCUGCGAAUCUCCAACGGCCCUCGUCGAUUCUCACCUUCAUGCCCAUCAUCAGCAUCGUCACCACAAUCUUCACCAGCAGUCAUCACCCGAGUCGCUUUUGUCGCGGCUUCAGCGAAGGCGACGAGUGCCGCACCUUCACCAGAGCGUCUCUGCUCAGCAGCUGUCGUUGCCGUCUCCGCCGCCUCGACAUCAGCGUCAGCAGAAGCAGCAACAAUUGCAGCUGAAAUUCCGAGAGCAAUUCGAGCAGCAGAGCUUGCAAAAGCAGCAGUGGCAGCAAGUUCAACAAUGGCAACAACAGGCCCAACAGUGGCAACAGUGCCAGAAGUGCAGCGUGCUGCAAGAGCAUCAUCAUCAUGAUCACGGGGACGCGCCAAGGUUCGCGGUAAACGAUAGCGGCGCCUCGAAUUUCCCCAAUAAUUUACAGCGACGUGUGUCGCUCGGAAGUUUUUCGCCCUCGCAGCUACGCCAGAGUGCUGAAGUUAAAACACAGGCCGUGCAGCGAGAGUACGAGUACAUUACUUUACAAGUGCAGGAAAAUGAUACGACGCAAUACUUGAACCUGCAGUUUUCUCAGCAGAACCAUCAGUACCAGCAGAAGAGUGUCUACAAGCUUUUUGACGACGACUCUGCUGUCAGUAAAGGAUUUUUUUCGCGAGAUGCGCCAGCCAAAGAGUCUGAUGCAGUAGCGCCUACUACGUCUUUUUCGUAUUUUAAUCAUAAUAGCGUAAAAGAGCAGUCGACACUGCUGUCGGAACUGUCUCUAGAUUUUCUUUCUGGUUUCGAGCAGUUUUCAUUGGACGGAGAGAUUGAUUUUUUGAAAACUAGCGAGUCAAUAAAGGAAGACAAAGUGAACACUUUUUCUUAUUUUACUGCACAAUCGAAUGUCAAUUUUGUGCAGCCUACUAUUAUUUGUAGCACGAACGUCGAUCGUUUUAUAAAUCCACUUGAAGCAGCACCGGAUAUUUGCCAGGAUGCGCGUCCUGGAUCCGCUUAUUACAAAAUAACUAUCUCGACUAGAUCUGAUGCGGUUUUGAAUGAAAGUAAAGAUUCUCAAGAUAAAAGCGCUACUGAAACGAGGUUGUGUGGAUUGAAUAAACUACAAGUAUUUAGCGAAAUUCAAAAUUUGGAGUUGCUCACUUCUCCGAAAUUUAACGACUUUCCGCAAGAUUUAAAAGAGUAUUUACGAUCGGAGAGAAUGAUUCUGGCAGAUGUGCGAUCCAUUAUUGCUAGUGAGAAUUCGGAUAUCUUGCAGUCGUGCAAUGAAAAUAACGAGGAGAAAAAAGCAACAGUAGAGGUACGUUCAUUGGAGAACAAAACGUAUGCCAAUAUACUGCAAUCCGUUCCUCGGUAUGACUUGAACUCGAGCCCAACAAGUGACGAGCAUAGUUGCGACAUGAAACCACUGCAAGCUACCAGAAGAAAUAAUCGUAGAUCAAAAUUUACUAACAGUCGUCAUCAUGCAAAUAAUUUGAAAAAUGGGAUGAAGACAAAUCACAAUGAAACGUCAAACUCAGCUUUAGCAUUAGAAAAAAGGAAGAGAACAAAAGUUCCUUACAAAUUCAGAAAGCAGAGCAAUAACAAUAAGAAUUCGAAAAUUUACAAUGACUCGUGGCGAGUAGAGACGUUGUCGGGUAAGAAGCGCAAUUAAUAAUUAUGCAAUAGAUAAAGUCGUUACUUAAGAUUAUGCGCGUGAUUCUAAAGUAGGUUUUGAUAAUGUGUUACAAAUUGCAAUUUACAAUUAUUACGUGUUUAUUGUACGGUUCGGAUGUAAAUAGAAGAGGCAACAUUCUUAAAAUAUUAUUGAUUAAAGUGCACACAAAGUAUA